UAUGGCGAAGAACGUGCGUUGUGUCAGUCGCGUGACAUUUCGAUCGUUCUCUCUCUCUGAGUGGGUGUGUUUUUUACACGCCGAGACAACCGGCGCGAAUCGAGCAAGGAAAACGUGCGAGAACGAAAAAUCCGAAAACGCGAGACGCCGAGACGACGUUGUCACCACAUUGCGCUGCGUGCGCGCGACGUAGAGUCGCGCCGCGAUUCCACGGUUCCGCGCUCAACGAGGUGUCCGUCGUGCGGAGCGAACAUAGCCGCCGAACGCGCCGGUGUACAGUGUCGCGCAAAAGUUGACACCGGAGGGUACAGUCCGCGCGACAAGUCGAUCCGUCGCCGCCUGACAGUCAUUCGCAAAAGUUCGCGUCAGCGAUUGUUGAAAUUCGCGCGCUUUUCGUGCUCACAAACUCUCGACUCGAAUCGUGGCGACGCUCUUUCUCUCGUUUUUAUUGUAUACGAACUCUGUAUUAUCGCACACCUCGCACAAAAUUAGACGAUUGUUUCGAUCGUUUAACAAAAACAACCGCCGAUCACUUGAGUUUAUCUCGAUUUGAAGCACUCGAGCACAAUAAUUCACUUAAGAUAAGCGUAAAGGAACAACGAACGCGAUAUUACAGCGGACACGCAGUUCGAUCGUUCGCGUUUGAGGUUGUUUCUCAAGUAAAUAAAAUAUAUAAUAUAAAUCGAUUAGGUGUGUCACACAUUUAUUUCGAAACACUCACGCUGUUUGUCACGUGUAAGAUCUCGUCGGCUGCAUUUGGACGACGCAUCUCAAAUCGCUGACGCGACAUGGGCAACUCCGGAUUGAAGCAACACUACGAGACGGCGAAGAAGACCGGCACCCUGAAAUUGUCGCAGCGCAAGUUGGACGAGUUCCCGCGGAACCUCAGUGCCUUGGCGCCGUUGUUGCGCACCCUCGAUCUAUCCGAGAACAAGUUCACAGCGCUGCCCAACGAGAUCGGCGAGUUCACGCAGCUGAAACAGCUGAACGUCAGCCACAACCGAUUGAGCGGCUUGCCCGGAACGCUGGGCGCUCUUGUGAAACUCGAAGGUAAAUCUGUCCAACAAUCUCAUCUCGGACUUCCCGCUGGUGUUCUGCGGCCUUCGCCAUCUGGACGUUCUGGAUCUGUCCAGAAAUCGGCUGACGAUCGUGCCGGACGCGGUCGCCGGUCUCAACGUGACCGAGCUCAAUCUGAAUCAGAAUCAGAUCGCGACCAUCUCCGAGAAACUGGCCGAAUGUCCGCGACUGAAAACGCUGCGACUGGAGGAGAACUGCUUGCAGCUGAACUCGGUGCCUCUGAGAAUUCUCAAGGACUCCAACGUCUCGAUGCUCGCGCUCGAAGGGAAUCUCUUCGAGAUGAAGCAGUUCGCGAAUCUGGACGGUUACGACGCCUACAUGGAGCGCUACACGGCCGUCAAGAAGAAGAUGUUCUAAUAAAAGUUGUUCGAUCGCGCGUUUCGAGAACAUAUCGAAAAUCGAACUGUUUCGAUAGCAGGCGCGUGUAACCUCCUCGUUGUUGUUCGCGUUGUUGUUAGUCCCGAAGCAAUUUGCGCGGGGACUAUAUUUGAGAUAUUAAUUGAAAUUGCAAAACCACACACACAUAUUGAAAAACUUUUUUACGUAAAAUUUACACGAUAUAAACCUCUUUACUCGAUUUCGAAAUGUUUUGAAGAAUAAUAAAAAAAAAAAAAAAAUUAAAUUUCGCGUGGAAUUUGUUUUUCGCAACAGCCUUAAUUGCGCUCGCACACGCACUUUGCAAACAAAAAAGUAUUUUCACAAUGUGUGUGUGAACUGUGUAAAAUAAAUUUUGUAAUGCGUUUUCGCACAAACGAUAUCGAAAAAAAGCGCGCGCGUGUGCGAAUUCUGAGCGUUUCGCUCGAUGAACGGAUCAACGACGCGCGAAACACGUUCGUCGUCAAAUUCAUUUCGAAAGAAAUUAACGCAAAACACCGACAAAGUAUAAAAAUGCGUUCUUUCUCGCCGCGCAACGUGAUGUUUCAAUUAUACGCUUUGUAUUACAUUCUUCCGAUGUUUACCUCAAAUUUUUGAGAGAUUGUUUAUUAAUCGAUGUAGAAUUGUUUUUUUUUCUCUCUCCGACGCGUACAUUAAAAUCGCACGAUAACGUUGAUUGCGUUCGUAUUAUUUAUAUAAUUAGUUAAAUUAUUUUACACAAUUAUUAUAUAUAUAUAUGUAAAAUAUAAAUAGACAGCACACACGAAAGAGAGAGAGAACUCUGCUCGUUUCUCACGUCGUUGUUUGCACAGUUGUGAAAAUUACAAUAUAUGAUCUUUGAACUUUUUUCUCAACACGGUCGACCGUGUGUUAAUUUCCGACCGAGAGAUGACGAGAGAGAAGUCGUUUAGAGAAUCCGCAAAGAUACAAAUCGCGGAACCCCGAAGUUUUUUUUUUUUUGUCGAGAUUCUUCGGUCUGUACGUGUGUGUUAGUCUCGUUAGACUGUUUUUUAUUUUCUCAACUUCUGUAACUCGAAUUUUCUUCUUCGAGUCGCAGAAGUUCGACUCUGUGUUCUAGCCGAAUUACUACGCAGCAAGCGACCAAAUAAUAUUUAGGUAUACACAAAGUAACAACAACACACGUUUUGAACGUAUUGUUUUUUUUCGACCUGUACAUAUAUAUAUUUAUGAUAUGAUUGUACGCGAGAGCUUUACUGGAUUGUACGUGCAACUUCACUUUUUUGUGUCAGAAAAUGUACGAGAAUAAAAAUCGUGUAUAUUUAUUUUUA